AUGGCUACCUCUGUCGCUCAAAAACGUCUCUUCCACGAAUACAAGAACCUAUCCACCAACCCGCCAGAGGGCAUCACCGCAGGCCCCGUAACAGAAGAUGACAUGUUCUACUGGGAAGCCCUGAUUCAGGGCCCCGAGGGCACGCCCUUUGAAGGUGGGGUGUUCGCCGCCGAGCUUAAGUUCCCAAAGGACUACCCACUGAGUCCGCCCACUAUGAAAUUCGUCGGCGGCGGGGUAUGGCAUCCGAAUGUAUACCCUAACGGAACGGUUUGCAUAUCCAUUCUCCACCCUCCCGGCGACGACCCGAACCACUACGAACACGCCUCAGAGCGCUGGUCGCCCAUCCAGAGCGUGGAGAAGAUCCUGAUCUCGGUCAUGAGUAUGCUGGCCGAGCCGAACGAUGAGAGUCCCGCCAAUGUCGAGGCUGCCAAGAUGUGGCGCGAGCGGAGACCCGAGUAUGAGAAGAAGGUCCGGGAUGAGGUGCGAAAGGGCCUCGGAUUGUAA